AUGGUCGUUCGCAUAAGACUAGCAUGUCAUGGUCGACGGAAUCGGCCUUUUUACCACAUCGUCGUAGCAAAUUCAGGUGCUCGUCGUGAUGGCAAGUACAUAGAACAAGUGGGAGUAUAUGAUCCUAUACCUAAUGCGGAUGGGGAAAAACACAUUGAUAUGAGUAUGGACAGGAUCAAGUAUUGGCUAACUGUUGGUGCGCAACCGACAGAGACCGUGAGUAGGCUGCUAGCCAAAGCGAUAUGGGGUAGUCAUUCAUCGAUUCCUCCGUCUGGCACUCUUAUUUCGUGCUCUUACCAUCUCUUUCUCGAUAUGAUUUAUAACUUUAGCGCGGAAGUUUUAAAAAUUGAAAACCCGACUCGCGGUGACGACACGCGCUCAUGGGGCCCUCCAUGGGCUCUUCAGCUUGAUCCCACUCGUCCUACAGAGAGUGCAUACUUUCUCGCAAUAAAUCGGAACAAAAAAUCGCUAACGGUAAACAUGAAAUCGAGUGAAGGCAUAGCGAUUAUACACAAAUUAGUAGAGAAAUGCGAUGUUUUGGUAGAGAACUAUGUACCUGGGAAGCUGGAUGAAUUGGGAUUGGGGUAUGAAGCUUUGAACAAAAUUAAUCCGAGAUUAGUUUAUGCUUCGAUUACUGGUGAGUUUCAAAAAGUUGGAGACUCGGGCAAGGGAUGGGUUAUGAUUGAGUUUGCGGAUGGCCCCGGCUAUGGACAGACCGGACCUUACAGGGAAAGGGCUGGAUACGAUGUUAUGGUCGAAGCCGAAGGCGGUUUAAUGCAUAUUACAGGAGAACCAGAUGGGAUGCCGGUCAAGAUUGGAGUUGCAAUUACUGGCCUUCACGCUCACGGAGCAAUUCUUGCCUCAUUGUUUGCUCGAACAACCACUCAAGUGGGUGAACGAAUUGAUUGCUCACUCCUCGAUUCUCAAACUGCCACGCUCGUAAACAUUGGCAGUAAUUACCUGAUAGGAAACCAAGAUAGCGCUCGUUUCGGAACAGCUCAUGCGUCGAUAGUCCCAUACCAACUGAUGCCGACCAAGGAUAGCUUUAUCAUGAUUGGUGCCGGAAAUGACAAGCAGUUUCGAAAGUUGUGUGAUAUUAUCGAUAAAAGCGAAUUAGUAGAUGACGAAAAGUUUCAGGCUAAUCAAGAUCGAGUGCGAAAUAGAGACAUGUUGGUGGAUAUAUUGGAGAAGAGGUUUAGAGAGGAGAGCACGCAAGUUUGGUUGAACAAGUUUGAAGGAAGUGGAAUACCCUAUGCACCCCUCAAUGAUAUUAAACAAACAUUCGAACAUCCACAAGUGUUGGCUAGAGAUAUGAUUCAGGAAGUAGUUCAUCCUACGGCCGGAAAAAUCAAGCUAAUUGGAAUUCCUGUGAAAUAUACAAACCGUAAACUUAAAAUCAGGCUUCCCCCACCAACACUUGGUCAACACACGCAAGAGGUCUUGGCUGAUAUUUUAGGUUACUCGCAAACAAGGAUUCAAGAAUUAAGAGAACAAAAAGUUAUUUAA